GCCGCCAAAGCCGCCGUAUCGAAGGCUGAGAUUUAACAUGCACUUAGCGAAAAAACAUUCAAAACACUAGGGUUUACCAAAAUCUGGAUUAGCCAAGUUUGUGUUGUAAACUCUUUGCCAACGCCGUCGCAAUACACUCUGAACCGAUGGCGGAUCAAUCGCCUGCCGAUCAGACCACAACUUCCUCAGACAUGCAAUCACUCUCUGUCAGCUCUCAUCCUCCGUCAUCUUCUUCUUCUUCAACUCCACAGUUGAGUUUAGAAGAAAGGUUUAAGAUUAUAAGAAGCGUAGGGGAAGAAUGUAUUCAAGAGGAUGAACUGUUAAACCUUCUCACUCACAAGCCUGAACCCAUUUGCUAUGAUGGCUUCGAGCCUUCCGGCAGAAUGCACAUUGCUCAGGGAAUUGUGAAGGCAAUAAAUGUCAACAAACUGACCUCUGCUGGGUGUAGAGUGAAAAUCUGGAUUGCAGAUUGGUUUGCACAGCUAAACAAUAAAAUGGGUGGUGACUUGAAGAAAAUCAAAGUGGUUGGACAGUAUUUGAUUGAAAUAUGGAAGGCAGUCGGCAUGAAUCUGAACUUGUGGUCUUCAGAUGAAAUUAACUCCAGGGCAUCAGAGUAUUGGCCACUGGUGAUGGAUAUAGCUCGCAGAAACAAGCUUCCCAGGAUAAUGAGGUGUUGUCAAAUUAUGGGACGUAGUGAGCAAGAUGAGCUGUCAGCUGCCCAAAUUCUUUACCCAUGCAUGCAGUGUGCUGACAUAUUUUUCCUCAAGGCUGACAUUUGCCAGCUAGGCAUGGAUCAAAGGAAGGUUAAUGUGCUUGCAAGGGAAUACUGUGAUGACAUAAAGAGGAAAAACAAACCGAUCAUUUUAUCUCAUCAUAUGCUUCCUGGUCUCCAGCAAGGACAAGAAAAAAUGUCCAAAAGUGAUCCGUCAUCAUCAAUCUUCAUGGAAGAUGAAGAGGCAGAAGUGAAUGUGAAAAUAAAGAAGGCAUACUGCCCCCCUAAAACCGUUGAGGGGAACCCAUGUUUGGAAUACAUCAAGUACAUCAUAUUCCCGUGGUUCAAUGAGUUCAAGGUGGAGCGCAAUGCAGACAAUGGUGGUGACAAGACUUAUAAAGAUUUUGAGGAGCUUGUUUCUGACUAUGAGAGUGGGCAGUUGCACCCUGGUGAUUUGAAGCCUGCUCUUUCUAAAGCUUUAAACAAGAUACUACAGCCGGUACGUGAUCACUUCAACAAUGAUGCCAAGGCCAAGGACCUGCUCAAACGGGUUAAGAGUUACCGUGUAACCAAGUGAUCAAACGAAGAUGAUUCUUAACUUCUGCUCCUCAGGAUUGAUUAGCAUUUAGUGUUUGCUACAUUCAAAUGAAAACUUGACCCUGCAUGUUAUAUACUUGUUAUACACAUUAUUCUCAGCCAUAAGUUUGUUUUGGGUUUCAAUUACCCUUCAUUGCAAGACUGAAUGUUGAACACUUAUCAUGGUUUUUAAGAGGCAUACUAUCAAUAAUAGUCAUGGUGAGCAGUUUUUU